ACGAGGCCGCCGCCGCACUGUUUGUCAGUCCCCACACGGCGGCCGCCACACGUGACACUCGCCCGUCCCGCAGGUCACGUCUCGCACCCGCCCGGAAUACCGCCCGGCGACGCCCUGUGACAGUGACGCCCAUCACGCACGCCGGGCACGCGCCCUGCCACGUCCGCCACGCACCGCGCUGCCUGCCUGCCUGCUAGACCUGGGCACGCUCGCCGUGGGAGACCCGUGCCCAACACGUGUUUGUGUGCCAACCCACCCGCAGCCGUCCACUCGCGCCCUCAGUGUUGUGACGGCAGCGUGGAAGUGACCUCCUUCAGUGUGUGUGUGUGGCAAUCCCCGUGUUGUGACCUGUGUCCUUGGGAAAAAUACGAUAUCUUGUUUUUCUUUUAAAAAUCGUGACCUCGACAGCGGGUAACCACCCUCCUCCCCUCCUCACCUCCCCGAGUGUAACAGAGUUUAGUGACCUGUGCUGUAGUGACCCCUCCCCCUGCGCUGCGCCUCCCGUGACAGUGGCGUUUUUGUGUCUGUGGAAGAAGCUUCACUCAACCAGUGACUACUGUAGACUGUGUCCAGCCUUAGCAACAUCGGACUCGUGUCACUGGCUGCUUGUAAGACUGCGAGCAAUCGUCACAAGCCUGGAAUUCAUAUAUGGAAAUUCUGGUCGUUGCCAAUUAUUGUGAAGUCUACAAGAAGUGUUUGUCUGUAUUACAUGAAACACACCAAGAUAAGGACUAAUCUUUUGUCAGCCCCCUCAUAAGCCCAGUCUUGCUCAAUUAACUCACUAGCGCAUCCAUCACCUCCACUCACUUCCCGCCUCACUCCCGACCCGACAACCUUGCCGCUUUGCCAGUCAAGAAAGCCAGGUUUCGGUACAUAUCAGUUAAAAAGUAGUAAUCAGAACCUCUAAAGAGUUAAUCUUGGUCACGAAGUGCACCGGUGCAGAAAGUGGUGACAAAAAAAAAAUCGGGUCGAAGGAAGUUAGCCGCGACAGGGGAACUCGACCGCGCGGCGUGUUGGCCCCGAGGGAGGAAAUGAGUGUGUCAUAAAAGCCGAAAGAAGCCGCGAACACAUAUACAUAUAUGCACCUGUGGCUCCCGGGGACCCGCCCACCGAAACCGGAAUUCCAUGAGCAAGACGAGUGCACCGCGACGAGGAAGAGGAACAUCUGCAAAAAAGGCUUCCGAAAGAAUUCCGCAGAAGAUUGUAGAUUCGAUUCUUUGGAAUUUCCCUCCGCGUCGGAAGCCCCUGCUCUCGGCCCGUGUCGCUGUUCAGUCACGUCGUCCUUCUUCGUUUGGCAGCGACCAGACCUGCCCAGGCGUUGCAGCGGAUUAACAGCAGGAGAGACAAAUAAGAUACCGGAAGACGACCAUUCGCCCGAGUGAUUAGUCGGAGCAACCGCCGAUACGGCCGCGGAGGCGAGGGAGGGAAGGCAAAACCACCGGCGGGCCAUCCGUCUUACGCAGUUUUUACUCCAUUAAUAGUGUAAUCACUUCUGUUCUACCUUCGGCUUAUUGCUGUCGGGUAUAAUUGCUGCUUUAUAACACAGACGAGCGACGUCAGUGGAAGAGCAAUGUUGCCAAAGAACCACAGGAACCGCGUUGGUCGUUAAACCCCUAGAUUUCGCAGUUUUUAGGGGGUUCCUUUGCCGACCGGACUUGGCCAACGAGAUGCGCAACUGACCCGGAGACCGCUCGUCCUCCCGCUCCAGUUCGGGAACACCAACCAAAGAUAAGUAGUUGUCCAGCGUCUUAUGCCUCAACCUGGCUGAGAUUUCUCUCCGUCGAGGCAUCCAGCGCAGACGACGUCUUCGUACCCCGAGAUCUGUCGCUCGAGGGGCACCCAUUCCUUCACCUGCCGCGGAACCCGUGAUCCCAACGCGGAGACAAGAUGGCUGAUUGGUACGGCUCGCGCGAGCAGCUCAUGUCUCUCCAUGGGCUCGACACGGCGAUGCUUGGGUACGGCAUGAGCGCAGCGGCAUUCCCGCCCAUCCAGCCAGAUGCUUACUCUCACGCCCAUGCCCAUGCAGCAGCGGCAGCAGCAUAUAAUUUUCAGCGACAGCCAUCGGUCACUCCAGGAUUUGCGCAUUCAUGUUUCGCGCCCGAUCAACAAUGGCGACAAUUGCCAGACGGAAGUAUCCUGGAGCUUCGGAAGGAAAAAUCCAGAGACGCGGCGCGAUCCAGAAGAGGAAAGGAGAACUACGAAUUCUACGAGCUGGCUAAGAUGCUGCCCCUCCCCGCCGCCAUCACCUCCCAGCUGGACAAAGCUUCAAUCAUCAGACUCACCAUCUCCUACCUCAAGCUUCGAGAAUUCACACUGCAUGGAGACCCUCCGUGGCCGCGAGACAGCUCCGGUAACAAGUCAUUGAAAUCCAAUCGUAUGUACAACCAAACCGGGGGCAACCUCAGACCGAGAUCGAUGUCGGGCAUGACGAUGGACAUCUUCGAGACCCACCAGGGCACCCACAUCCUCCAGAGCCUCGACGGGUUCGCCUUCUCCUUAGCAGCCGACGGCAGGUUCCUCUACGUCUCCGAGACCGUCUCCAUAUACCUUGGCCUCUCGCAGGUUGAAAUGACUGGCAGUAGCGUGUUUGACUACAUCCACCAGCAAGACCACCAGGAACUUGCUGACCAAGUAGGUCUGACCUUAGCCACGGGUCAGCCUUUGCCCUCCCCCUCCUCUUUAGGGUCAGAGGAAGGGGCAGCAGGGUCACAGGGAACUAUGAACCCUGACGGUAAGCCUCCAUUGGCUUCAUCCAUGACCAUCUCCAGCGCCUCCAUGUUCAAGGGCUUCGAUCGAGCCUUCUGCAUCCGCAUGAAGUCGACGCUAACGAAGAGAGGUUGCCACUUUAAGAGCUCGGGAUACAGGGUUGUGCUGAUCCUGGGACACCUACGACCACAGUACGUGUUUAGCCACUCCCGCAAGAAUCCCCCUCAGCUGAUGGGUCUUGGUGCACGAAGUCAGGCUCGAGUCGGACAUGUUCGUCACGAGGAUCACCUUCGACUUCAGAAUAGCACACUGUGAACCCAAAGUGACCGACCUCCUGGACUACACCGCCGACGAGCUCCAAGGGCGAUCCUUGUACUCGCUCUGCCACGGCCAAGACGUCGAGAAGCUCCGCAAGACACAUGUCGAUCUGAUCCAGAAGGGUCAGGUCAUGAGUCCGUACUUCCGGAUAUUGAACAAGACGGGCGGAUACACGUGGAUGCAGACCUGCGCCACCGUCGUCAUCAACAGCAAAAACGGAGACGAACAGAAUAUCAUCUGCGUCAACUACAUCAUCAGCGGGUCCGAAUACGACAGCGUGGUGCUCGACCAGACCCAGCUGGAUCCUGCCCUGGCCAACAUGAAGUCGGAUGACCUUGAUUACCCCAACAGCGCCACGCCGGAACCCUCAGAAGCGAGCUCGGGCGUCGUGGGCGAGGACACCGGCGGGUCGCCCAGAGCCUCCGCCAACACCACGGGCGGAGGGGCGGCUCAGGGGGGCACCCGCUCCCCCUCGGGCCCGUCGGAGGCCAUCCCGACAGCACUCCGAGGUACUCCCAGUAUUCCCUUAGACGGGUCUCAGAUUAAGACGGAGGCCCCUGGCGGCCUAUUGACUCCGAUGGUGAAUGCUGACAUCGCAGAGGAGUCUCGAGGAGGGUGCGAGGGCGCGCCGUCCCCGGGCCGGCACUCCGCUCCCCCCGUGUCGACGCCCGGGACUCCAUCUGGAGGCGUCGCCCGGAGCCACCGUCGCGCCCACAAGGAGUGAUGAAGGCACCGUCAGAGACCUGGAGGCCGCGAUGACCAGACACCUGCCGGACGACCCCACCGACUUCUCGACGGACGCCCUGCUGAAGGGCGGCGCUACGUCUGCCGCGGGCGGAGGCCUCCCGGCUUCCACGCUGCUGAGGCAGCUGUACGCCAGCAGGGAGAGCGUCAUCCGCUCGUCGGUGCAGAGGUCGUACUACUCCGACGUGGGAUCGGCGCUGCCCACGCCGCCCGGCUCGGAGAGCUACCAGGACACCAUGUUCAACAAGGGGCACGAUUUCCCGUACCCCGGCGGAGGCCUGGCGGGCACCGGCUACCCCGACUACCACUCCGCCAUGACACCGCCUUCCAGCGUGUCCCCGCGAGAGAAAAUGGCUGGGGAUUGUGGCGACCUGAGGGGGACGUCGGGAACUUACCUGGGGGAGGGCGGUGGCAUGCCUGCCCAGCCAGUGCCUCUCAAGCCACAGGUGUACUCCUACGGGUCGUCCGGAGUGCCGUUGGACUCCUCCGCGUACUCCACUCCGCUCACAGACCAAGCAGGCCUCUACACGCCCUCCAGCUUUCACCUGUACCACUCCAACACCACCAAGACGGCCACCUCGUACGACAGUCUGCGCCCGGGCGGCACGUGGUACGCCCCGUCGUCAUAGCACCAGUAGGGAGGCCGACCUCGCUGGAUUCGUCAUGCAGGCAGCCGUUCGUGCUCGGAGGCCGCCGUGCAGCUGAAGGAAGUUGGCCGAGUCGCGGCCGCUCUGGUGUCGAAACACUCGCGGCUCCCGUCGGCAGCUGACCGCGCGUUCAUCGCUUGAGGAUGCAGUGAAGUUCUGAGUUGUUGCACACUCCGGCCGGCGCCACCGUGACCCUUUGCAACUACACAAAAAAAGUAUUCUAAAAAAUCAUCUAAAAAAAAAUGAAGAAAAAGUGACCUGUGACACUGUCUAUUCUCCAAGCAGUAUUUUGUUAUCAGUAUGCCUUGUUGUGCAUCAUUACCUCCUACAACAAACCACGCCCCUCUGGCACUCGUGUGACCGUGGCCCCCUCCCCCUCAGAGGGUGAGGAGCCAAGAUGGAGUGUAUGUUUUCUACAGCUCUGUUUGUCUGUCUUCCGCGGGCUCCCCUGGAUACAUAUCGCUGCUGUUUCUCCACGUCGUAGCCAGGCUAUAAAGGAAAAACUGGUACCAGUGAUUCUUUCAUUUUGGAGGUGAACGAAGCUCAUGGGAAUGAGUUAAAACAUAUCCACACGUCUGAAUCUGUCAUUGUAGGGCCUGAGGAUUUUUUUUUCUUUCUUUUUUUCAGUCAACCCACUUAGAGUAAUAUAUUGUCAUAUUAUAAGAAUAAUUAUAGUAAUUUCAAGUUCUGGGCAGUAGGUGCUCUUUCAGAUAGGCCGUCUUGACUCCUAUUGACUUUAAUUCCCUAGGAUUUAGGACUAACAAAAGAGUGGAAAAGGUAAAUUGUAAAUUUACGAAUCGAAUUGUGCAAAAAAGCAACUACAAUCAUCCAAAUGAUAGUUACAUAUGGCUUAGUUUUUUCUUACUGAAUGUUCAAUUUUAUAAAUGCAUUAUAAAAGAAUGACUCAUUGACCAGAAUGACUGUUGAUGAUACUGUAACAUAAGUGUGUAUUCAGUGUUCUGUAAAAAAAAAUCAUUACCAAAAAAUCAUUAUUACAAAUAUUGGAGCCAUACUGGUUAGUGUAAUCAUAACUCAUUAGAUAUUCGGAAGCACUGCAGCUCAGCAACACCUAUGUAAUAUGGAAGUUUCAGAUUAUGGAGCAAAAAAAAGUAUAUAUAUAUUGAAUUCUGAGUGCAAUAUUGAGGUUGUCG